AUGAAGGAAUCCAGCGUCCCGUCAGUAGUCGAGAUGCAGCAUCAAAUACGUUCGAAUGCGUCGCGGCUUCAAGAUUACUACUCAGAUCUUUACGCAUGGGAAAAACGCAUUGGUCAAGAAGAAUUAGCACGCAAAAAAACUUCGAAAACCACAUCAAGUUCAGCAACAGCGUUACCGCCUCGGUCAGUCAAUAUCAUUAGUGGAAACAAUCGCUGCAAAGAUGUUGCUGCUGACCAUAUGAAAGCGAUGGAUGCGCACACUCAUGACAAAGGAUACAAACGAUGGGAGAAGUUUGACGUUGAUGCUGCAUUGAAAAAAGCAGACAAAGAGGACAAUCCUCAACUUUGUAAUGAGUCCCCUAUAGCCACGCAAAAUCUCUCGUGUCAAGUGGCGGCUACAAAAAAGACGCCGGCGUCUUUGACAGCGUCAAAAACUCGCGAAGAGCUUGAGAGAGAAGAUGGUAAUUUGCAUUAUAAACAGGGUGACUUUGUGGCUGCAAUUAAGAGCUAUACUCGCUGUUUGGGAUAUAAUCCACAGAAUGUGGUGGUGCUUUCAAAUCGUGCCAUGGCGUAUUUGAAGAAUCGGGAGUAUACCAAUGCUGAAGAUGACUGUACGCUGGCUUUAGAAACAGACUUGACGCAUGUCAAGUCAUAUAUGCGUCGAGGAACUGCUCGCAAUUCGUUAGGAAAGCAUCGGCUGGCAUUGCUCGACUUUCAGCAAGCUGCAACGCUGGAUCCAAAAAGUCGUCAGAUUCAAACACAGCUGCAGUCCACUCGAGAGCUCAUUCGAAUGGCGAUAAAACGAUCUCCAAAACGAACAGAAUUCACAAUCAAAGUCGUUAACGAGAAAAGUGGUAUCGAAGAUAAGAAGGACAUCAAUUCUUCAGUUCAGGAGAGAACGGAAAAGUCUUCAUUGCCUUCCUCACAAUCUCCGUCUCCCGCGAUUUCAGCAUCAUCUGGUAGUAGAUCGGAUGACGCAGAUAAACACUUAAUUUUCUUUCCAAAAUUUCCAAAGAAGGCACCGGCAACUUCAUAUGAGUUUGCUCGUGUUUGGAAGACGUUGGCUUUGCGUGGAGAUGAAGAGCAGAAGUGUCGCUUGCUACAUUUACGUGCUGAUUACUUGCGCAUAAUCGAUCCACCUGCUCUAAGCGCAGUGUUUAAAAGUGGAAUGGAGUCUGAUGUGCUAUGUGAAAUAUUUCACACUCUUCGCCAUGCUAUUUUGAUUCAGAUAACAAAUGAAGCAGUUUCGAAGGAAAGCGUGAUGUUUGCACUAGCGCUGGCUUCCGAACUGACCAAAGUGCCACGUUUUAACAUGAUUAUUAUGCUCUUAUCCAGUCGUGAGAAAGUAGAUAUCCUGUGGGUUAUCAACCGCCUGGCAGUGCUGAUAAAGAACAAUUAUGAGAGUAGAGCGCAAGAAGUGGCUGAUCUUUUUCAAUUAUACGAGCUAUCUUAG